CUGAGCGGAGCCCUUCCCCGACACCCCACGACCCCGGCACGCCGCGCCCAGCUCCGCCCUCCCCCGAUCCGGGCCCGCCCCCCGCGCCCAGGCCGGGGGUCCCCGCGGGGCCCGGCACUCCGCCCGCCCGUCCGCCGCCUGCGAGGAUGCGCCCGCCCCGCCGCGCCCUCCUCGCCGUCCUCGCCGUCCUGCAGGCGCUGCUGCCCACCGCGCCCACCUCGGCCCGCGCCCCCGCGCCCUCGGGCUCCGCCGCCGCCGCCCUGCUCCGGGCUCUGGGACUGCACGAGGCGCCCCGCGGCGCGCCCACCUCGCGGCCCGUGCCCCCGCUCAUGUGGCGCCUCUUCCGCCGCCGGGACCCCCGGGAGACCGGAGCGGGCCCGGUGCGGCCGUGCCACGUGGAGGAGCUGGGGGUCCCCGGGAACAUCGUGCGCCACGUCCAGGCCCGUGGUGCGCCCGCCAGGAUCCCCGCCGUCGCCGUCGCCGCGGGCCAGUGCCCUGAGUGGACCGUGGCCUUCGACCUCUCGGUGGUGGACGCCGAGGAGCGCGCGAGCCGGGCGCGCCUGGAGCUGCGCUUCGCCGGGGCGGCCGGGGCGGGCGGCUGGGAGCUGAGCGUGGCGCGGGCGGCCGAGGCGGCCGAGGCGUUGGGCGCUGCGGGACCGCCGCUGCUCGGCCAGGCGGUGUCGGACCCGGGGUCGCCGGUGCGCGCCGAACUGCUGGGCUUGGCCUGGGCGCGCAACGCCUCGGUGCCGCGCCGCCUCCGCCUGGUGCUGGCGCUGCGCCCGCGGGUGGCCGGGACCUGCGCGCGUCUGGCCGAGGCGUCGCUGCUGCUGGUGACCCUGGACCCCCGCCUGUGCCACCCGCUGGCGCGGCCCCGGCGCCAGAGCGAGACCCCGGCCUCGGCCUGGGCGGGCGGCGGGCCCGGCGGGGACGCGUGCCGGGCGCGGCGGCUCUACGUGAGCUUCCGCGAGGUGGGCUGGCACCGCUGGGUGAUCGCGCCGCGCGGCUUCCUGGCCAACUACUGCCAGGGCCAGUGCGCGCUGCCCGCCGCGCUGCCGGGGCCCGCGGGCCCGCCCGCGCUCAACCACGCGGUGCUCCGCGCGCUGCUGCAUCGGGCAGCGCCCGGCGCCCACGACCUCCCGUGCUGCGUGCCCGCGCGCCUCUCGCCCAUCUCCGUCCUUUUCUUCGACAACAGCGACAACGUUGUGCUGCGGAACUACGAGGACAUGGUGGUGGACGAGUGCGGCUGCCGCUGAUGCUGGCCCCUAAUAAAGAGCGCGACGUGGCCCA